UUGUCGUUGCUUUGUUAGACAAAAACUGACAAAACAAUGAAGAACACAAUCUUGCAAGCAGCGAGUCUGUGCCGUGAUUACCAUCCAGGCAGUGACCCUGGUCUGUCUCCAUAGAUACUACAAAACACUACUAUACUAAAUACUAAAAUCCAGCAAUGGACGAGGAUCAGUCUGCAGAGGAGACUACAUUUGUUGUGGACGAGAUUACCACAGUUAUCAAAGAAGCUGUUGAAAGCACCAUUGGAAACAGCUCUUACCAGCACAGUAAAAUCAACCAGUGGAUGUCAAGCAUUGUAGAGUCAAGUCUAAGCCAGCUAACUAAAUUAGGAAAGCCUUUCAAGUACAUAGUGACAUGCAUCAUACUCCAAAAAAAUGGGGCAGGUUUGCACACUGCCAGCUCAUGUUUCUGGGACAACAGUACAGAUGGGAGUUGCACGGUACGAUGGGAGAAUAAAACUAUAUACUGCAUUGUUAGUGUUUUCGGGCUUGCUAUUUGAGGAUGAAUAUCAACAUGCAGGCCUGUCUCCUGUUCAAUGGUUUCCAAACAUUUUUGUAAGCCUCAUAAACAAGCAAGGAUGUCCCUGUUUAA